AUGGGGACAAACAAUUUGAAUUGUAGUGUGUCGUUUGAAAUACCAAUACGAGACGAGAUCCAGUCUCCUAAGGCGUUACGCCUGCUUUCAUCUCCGAAUUAUGUUCGGAAUGAUUCUGACUUAAAUGAAAGGCUAGAGAAAGCUCGGGAAAGACGAUCUAACGUUCUGGCUGAAACUAUAAAUCGAAAUGAGCAACAUGUCCAUUUAGCUAAGUCUAAAUGUGAACAAGAGAAAGAGAAGCUCGUAAAUCGAUCAAAUGAAUUAAUGGAGAAUCUCACGGAGGAUUUGGCACAGAAGUCGUCUAGGCGGCAACAGAUUAUCGACAAGAUAGUUAAUAGGAACAAGAAAGAAGUAAAAAGAUUCGUUAUAAGUUGUCUUUUAGAUUGAGAAAGCAAAACAACUUGCGGAUGCCCGUGCUUCCCCACAAAGUAUCCUGCUUCGUCAGAUCAACGACGAUAUGUCCAAUAAGGAAAACAACAGACGUUCUCACCUACAAAAUAUAGUUCAUCAGUGCCAGAUGGAGAUAGAGAAAGUCGAGUCUGUGCGACCUCGCCGGUCGAUUAACGACAACAGCAUGGAAUAAAAUGUUCAAAAAUACCUAUCCGCUCCCUAAUAUUUUAUAUUAAAU